AUGAGUUCUAAGGGUUGUAGUUUCCACAUUACCACAUGUUUUGCUGCCACUGUUCUAUUGCUGCUGCUCUCCACUUUCUCUUGUGAAGCACAACUUACACCAAACUACUAUGACUACGCAUGCCCACAAGCUCUCUCGACGAUCCGCGCCGCCGUUCGCGCCGCGAUCGCCAAGGAGCGCCGCAUGGCGGCCUCGCUCAUCCGCCUCCACUUCCACGACUGCUUCGUCCAAGGAUGCGAUGCGUCGCUUCUGCUCGACGAUGCUCCGAACAUCGUGAGCGAGAAGAAUGCGUUCCAGAGUUUCAAGUCGCUGAGGGGCUUCGAAGUGAUCGACAGCGUGAAGUCUGCGGUCGAGGAGGUGUGCCCGGGGGUCGUGUCGUGCGCAGACAUCCUCGCAGUCGUCGCACGAGACUCUUCUGAAUAUGUUGGCGGUCCGACAUGGACGGUUAAGCUAGGAAGACGAGACUCGACGACGGCCAACAAAGACUUGGCUCGGGCCAACCUCCCGAACGCUACCAACGACCUCGACGCACUCGUCUCUAUCUUCGCUCGACAGGGCCUUAGUGUCAAAGACAUGGUUGCUCUCUCAGGUGCCCACACUAUCGGCCUAGCCCGAUGUGUCUCGUUCCGUGACCACAUCUACAAUGACACCGACAUCGACGCGGGGUUCGCGAGCACACGGCGUUGGCGGUGCCCUUCCGCGGGCGGCGACUGCAACCUCGCCCCGCUCGAUUUGGUCACACCGUAUUCGUUCGACAACAACUACUACAAGAAUCUGCUGCAGGAGAAGGGGCUCCUGCACUCGGACCAGGUUCUGUUUAACGGAGGCGCGACCGACGACAUUGUGAGGGUUUACAGCGCGAACCAGGCCGCGUUUUACGCCGACUUCGCGGCGGCGAUGGUGAAGAUGGGGGACAUUUGUCCGUUGACGGGUGCGGCGGGGGAGAUUCGAAAGGUCUGCAGAUUAGUUAACUAAGAACAAAUGAUCAUGUGU